AUGUUGCACAAUAUUCUUCAAGUUGUUCAGGCCGCGAUAGCACUUAGCAUUGCUUGGGUGCUAGGGCGAAUGGCUCGUUCGCACCUCACAUAUGCGCGCCUUCGCAAGCUCCGAGGGCCCCAGUCUAUGUCCCUUAUGACAGGGAACCUCAAACAAUGGUUUGCCCGCGAUGGGGACGCCUUUCAGCGACAUGUCGCACUCGACUAUGGCUCUGUGGUCAAGAUACACGGAAUGAUGGGACGACCUAUCCUCUAUGUAUCGGACCCAUGGGCCCUGCAUAGCAUCCUAAUCAAAGAAGAGCCUAUCUACCAACCAAGUAAAGCAUUCAUUGAGAUGGCACACAUCCUAUUCGGACCGGGCUUAUUGGCCACGCGAGGCAUCCCUCACAGCAGACAGCGAAAGUUACUCAAUCCAGUGUUCUCGAUCAACCACAUGCGUCGCAUGCUUCCCAUUUUCUACGACGUUGUGUACAAGCUGCAAGAUGCCAUGCGAACAACCAUCGAAGGCGGCAAAUCCGAGACUGACAUCCUUGGGUGGACGGUGCGCGUCGCGCUGGAACUGAUUGGUCAAGGGGGCCUUGGAUGCUCAUUCGAUCCUCUCGUGGAGGAGAGGCGUGAACCAUUUGCGGAUGCCAUCAAAGCUUUCAACCCAACGAUGGUCCGUCUUGCGGUAAUCCGCCGCUUCAUCCCCUACGUGCAAGUACUCGGCCCUCCCUGGUUCAGACGCAAGGUCGUGGAACUCCUUCCGAAGACAACAAUCAUCCGGCAAGUCCACGACAUCGUCGAUACGAUCAACAGUCGGGCGGCACAGAUCUAUGAGGGAAAGAAGGCGGUGCUGCAGCAAGGAGAUGAGGCCGUCAUCGAACAGCUCGGAGAAGGGAAGGAUCUGAUCGGCAUCUUGAUGCGAGCGAACAUGGCGGUAGAUGAGACCGAGCGGCUCCCAGAGGAUGAAGUUGUUGCACAGAUAAGUACAUUCGUUUUCGCUGCGUUGGAAACCACCUCGACAACGCUGGCGCGCAUCUUGCACCUACUCUCGAUGAACCAAGACGUUCAGCGGAAGCUGCGCGAGGAACUCCUUGAAGCUCGUGCGGUCGAGGGAAUCUCCUACGACGAACUCGACAGUCUUCCACUGUUGGAUAGUGUUUGCAGGGAGACACUGCGACUUUACCCGCCUGCUACCAAUAUCGUCCGAGUAGCCCAGGAGGACAACAUCGUCCCGCUCUCUCAGCCGAUCACAACAUCGGAUGGGCGGACGCUGACAGAGCUAUUUGUGCCCCAAGGUACUGAGAUCCUCAUUGGCACGUACGCGUCGAACGUCAACAAGGACCUGUGGGGCCCGGACGCGCUCGAGUGGAAGCCCCAGCGAUGGUCACAGCUCCCGUCUGCGGUUACUGAUGCACGGAUACCGGGAGUUUACUCAAACCUGCUCACAUUCUUAGCCGGCAAGAGGGCUUGCAUAGGCUUUAAAUUCUCGGAGAUGGAAAUGAAGGUCGUCCUGGCCGUCCUGCUCACACACUUCACUUUCGACUUGACCGAGAAACCGAUCGUGUGGAACGUUGCUGCGAUACGCUAUCCGACAGUGGGGAAGGAGAGUACUAGACCCGAGAUGCCUCUCAAGGUUGGCAUAUACCGAUCCGCAUAG